AAUCUCCGAAUUUCCCCUCGUCUAGCGUGGAGCCACUUUCUGCAGCACAAACACAGGCUCCACAAGAUCCAAUCACUCAGUCAUCGUGCGUUAUUAGACUUGCCGUCCCAUGCAGCUGUUUCAUGAACCAAUAAUCUUCUAUGUUCUCAUCCAAUGCAGUGGAACUUCAGAUAACACGAGCGCUCCCGUGGAACUGCGACCCCGGAUCUUGAGGAACCGAGAUAUUCUUUCGUCCGAAAGCAAGAAGUUGAUCAUCCGACCCCAGUAUCUGGAACAUAACGAGCGAUGUCAUCCCUCAAGAGAAUCACAGCCCUCUCAGAUGAGAUCUCAAAGAACAGCAAAACUGUCACGGAUUACCUAUCCGAGAAAGGCCUCGAGGCUGCGUCAUUCGAUGUCGAUGGGUUAGCUGAAUUCCCUAUAAACCCUAGUGAUGAGGAAGCUUUCAAGGCAAGAUUGGCUCUCAUCGCGGCUACGAGGGAGCUCCAUGACUUAUCUCUUGGCCCAAAAGAAGGUCUCCGAUAUCUAGCAUGGGAUUCUGCGAAUCAACUCUCGCUCCAAGCAGUAUAUGAAUUCAAAUUGGCUGAAGCAGUUCCACUGUCUGGUUCAAUCUCUUACCAAGAUCUCUCCGAAAAAGUCAAUGUACCUAUGUUGAACCUUCGCCGAGUAAUUCGCCAUGCGAUGACAAAUCACAUCUUCCACGAACCAGAGAAAGGCUUCGUAGCACAUACUCGCACUUCUCGUUUGUUACUCGAGGAUCUGCCCCUCAGUAGCUGGGUUGGCUUCAUGACGAACGAUCUGUGGCUUCCCAUUGCCAACGUUGUGAAGGCUAUGAAGAAGUGGCCUGGAAGUGGGGAAAGUAACGAGACAAGCGUCAAUCUCGCCUACGGGACGGACACCAACUGGUUCGAUUGGUUGCAAGAAGACAAAGACUUGGCGAAGAGGUAUGGCCUUGCUAUGCAAGCUCAUGGUGGCGGAGAGGGUUUUGCAAUUAGCCAUACAGUCAAUGGAUAUCCUUGGGGCGAACUGGGCGAAGCAACUGUCGUUGAUAUGGGCGGAAGCCAAGGUUAUGUCUCAUUCGCAAUAGCUGAACAGUUCCCUAAGCUCAAUUUCAUCGUCCAGGAUACAGCUGGCAUGCGAGUGUCUUCAACAAUUGCCAAAGUACCAGAGCACCUUACUGAUCGAGUCCAACUCACAACUCACGAUUUCUUUACUCCACAAACUGUAGACGCGCAAGUCUACUUCUUCAGAUGGAUCUUUCAUGGCUUUUCUGAGAAGUAUUGCAUCAAGAUCCUGCAAGCACUUACUCCAGCUCUGAAGACGGGGGCCAAGAUUGUGAUAAAUGACGGAACUUUGCCCGAACCAGGCACAGCAGGUUAUGUGGAGGAGAAAAGUAUGAGGACUAUGGAUUUGUUCAUGCAGAUCACCGUGAAUGCCAGAGAACGAGAAGUGGAUGAUUGGGCUGAGCUCUUCAAACAAGCGGAUGAAAGAUACAAAUUCCUAAAAGCAUGGAAGCCAGAGAAGAGUCGAAUGUGGUUCAUAGAGGCCGAGUGGACCGGGUGAUACUUGUUCCUUCUAGUCCGUGGGCUAUGAUAGUUCGAGGCCAUUCC